CCGAGCGGCGCGAGGAGAUGCGAGAGGGGCCGCGCCGCCGGCACCAUGCGCCCCCUACCCGCGCCGGCCCUAGCCGCGCUCUGCCUGCUGGCGCUGCCCGCCGCCGCCGCCUACUUCGGCCUGACCGGGCGGGAGGUCCUGACGCCCUUCCCUGGGCUGGGUGCUGCGGUGGUCCCUGCGCAGGGUGGGGCCCACCUGAAGCAGUGUGACCUGCUGAAACUUUCCCGUCGACAGAAGCAGAUGUGCCGGCGUGAGCCAGGCCUGGCUGAGAUCCUGCAGGAUGCGGCACACCUGGGCCUGCUGGAGUGUCAGUUUCAGUUCCGGCAAGAGCGCUGGAACUGUAGCCUGGAGGGCAGGAGUGGCCUGCUCAAGAGAGGUUUCAAGGAGACAGCCUUCCUGUAUGCAGUGUCUUCCGCCGCCCUCACCCACACGCUUGCCCGGGCCUGCAGUGCAGGGCGCAUGGAGCGCUGUACCUGUGAUGACUCCCCGGGUCUGGAGAGCCGACAGGCCUGGCAGUGGGGUGUGUGUGGUGACAACCUCAAGUACAGCACCAAGUUCCUGAGCAACUUCCUGGGCCCCAAGCGAGGAAGCAAGGACCUGAGGGCACGGGCAGACGCCCACAACACCCAUGUGGGAAUCAAGACCGUGAAGAGUGGCCUCAGGACCACCUGUAAGUGCCACGGCGUGUCAGGCUCCUGUGCUGUGCGUACCUGCUGGAAGCAGCUCUCCCCAUUCCGAGAGACGGGCCAGGCACUGAAGCUGCGCUACGACUCUGCUGUCAAGGUGGCCAGUGCCACCAAUGAAGCCCUAGGCCGCCUGGAGCUUUGGGCACCCCCCCGGCCAGGUACCCCUGCCAAAGGCCUGGUGCCCCGGUCUGGGGAUCUGGUCUACAUGGAGGAUUCACCCAGCUUCUGCCGGCCCAGCAAGUACUCACCAGGCACAGCGGGCAGGGUAUGCUCCCGGGAGGCCAGCUGCAGCAGUCUGUGCUGUGGACGUGGCUAUGACACCCAGAGCCGCCUGGCCGCCUUCUCCUGCCACUGCCAGGUGCAGUGGUGCUGCUACGUGGAAUGCCAGCAGUGCGUGCAGGAGGAACUUGUAUAUACCUGCAAGCACUAG